GCUCCGUUUUCUCCACACACCUUGGGUGGUUGGCUUGGUAUUUUCAUUUUCUUCCUCAGCUUUCUCUGAAAGCAAGCAUAUCCUUGUUAUUUGCUAGACUAGACUCUUCCUGAACAGCUUUUAAUUCGUCUGAGUGCUCGCUAACCCCAGCCCUCGUUUUGCAAGAUCUUGUUCCGUGAAAUCUUUGUUCUUACUUGAUAAUCCUCUUGGCUUUGGUUCGUGAGCUGCUCUUGCAGCCUCAUCAAUUUUCUUCCAGAGGUUGAUCCGUUCUUAGUCUGCUUUAUGGUGGAAAUUUGAACUCUUAACUGCCUUUUGGGAGCUUCAAAAGAGGCGGAACGUGUCCAUGAAGACUUUGAGUCAGGAGCACUGAGGAGUAAAUUCUGUAUCUCGGGCUAUGGUCCCCUCUAUUAUCUAUUUAUGUUUAUCUGAUCAAGUCAUUGAAUGGGACCCUCUUAGUGUUUAAAUGGAUAUGUUCGUUGAAAAGUGAACUUCUAAAAAAUCUCUCUUUAUCCCAUUGAAGUUGCCACUGGUAACCAUUCUUGGUGUUGGCAAAGGAAAAUGUCUCAAACAUCUAGGGUCCCACCUGCCAUUCAAUCUAUCAAAUCAAUUUCGUCUGAGUUCAAGUUGACAGGCAAUGCAACCCCUAAUAUUCUGGGAAAAAGUCCAAAUGUUAAACCGGGAAGCACUGAUGUAGUAGCAUCAGGUAGUCCUGAAAAUGGUGCGAUAGGAAAGAAGGUUUCCGAGGUACUUCAGGACUGUGCUGGUGACAUGGAUUUCGUCAAUGAGGACUCGCCAUAUGGUGGAAAAAAUACAUCACUAGAAAGUAGGCACUCAAGUGGUGAUGAAGAAGUUGAUCCUUUACCUCUGCCCCUUUCUUCAAUCUCAAAAUCUUUCUGGGAACGCAGGUGGAGUGAUACAACACCUUAUGCUUCAAACAUGAAGCUCCAGUCAUGGUUUCAACUUCCAAAUGGAAAUUGGGAGUUGGGGAAAAUGUUAUCAAUUUCUGGAACUGAAUCUGUUAUUUCACUGCCUGAUGGGAAGGUUUUAAAAGUGAACAGUGAAAGUUUGGUGCCGGCAAACCCUGAUAUUCUUGAGGGAGUGGAUGAUCUAAUGCAACUUAGUUAUUUAAACGAACCUUCAGUUUUAUACAAUUUGCAGCAUAGAUACAAUCAAAAUAUGAUUUAUACGAAAGCUGGGCCAAUUUUGGUUGCUGUAAAUCCCUUUAAGAAAGUUCCUUUAUAUGGAAAUGAUUAUAUCGAAGCAUACAAGCGUAAAACAAUUGAAAGCCCUCAUGUAUAUGCCAUUACAGAGACAGCUAUUCAGGAAAUGAUACGAGAUGAAGUAAAUCAAUCCAUUAUCAUAAGUGGCGAAAGUGGAGCUGGAAAAACUGAGACAGCAAAGAUAGCAAUGCAGUACUUGGCUGCUCUGGGAGGUGGAAGUGGAAUAGAGUAUGAGAUAUUGAAGACUAAUCCAAUACUAGAAGCCUUUGGCAAUGCGAAGACAUUGAGAAAUGACAACUCAAGUCGUUUUGGAAAGCUCAUUGAGAUACACUUCAGUGAGACUGGAAAGAUAUCGGGUGCUAAUAUUCAGACAUUUUUGCUGGAAAAGUCUAGAGUAGUCCAAUGCAAUGAAGGAGAAAGGUCAUAUCAUAUAUUUUAUCAGCUAUGUGCUGGAGCACCACCUUCUCUCAGGGAGAAGUUGAAUCUGCAUAGUGCAGAAGACUACAAAUAUCUCAGGCAGAGUAAUUGUUAUUUGAUAUCUGGUGUUAAUGACGCAGAGGAAUUUAGCAUAGUCAUGGAAGCUUUGGAUGUUGUCCACAUCAGCAAAGAAGACCAGGAGAAUGUAUUUGCAAUGCUUGCUGCAGUACUAUGGCUAGGAAACAUAUCUUUUACUAUAAUUGAUCAUGAAAAUCAUGUUCAAGCUGUAGAAGACGAGGCUCUGUUGAACGUCGCCAAAUUGAUACGCUCUGACAUUGGAGAUCUUAAAUUAACUUUAUCGACUCGCAACAUGAAAGUUGGUAAUGAUAAUAUUGUUCAAAAGUUGAAGCUAUCGCAGGCCAUUGAUGCUAGAGAUGCUUUGGCGAAGUCAAUAUAUGCUUGUCUGUUUGAUUGGCUGGUAGUGCAAAUAAACAAAUCGCUCGCUGUUGGCAAAAGGUGUACAGGCAGAUCAAUCAGCAUUCUAGAUAUAUAUGGGUUUGAAUCAUUUGAUAGGAAUAGUUUUGAGCAGUUCUGUAUCAAUUAUGCAAAUGAGAGAUUGCAGCAACACUUCAAUCGUCAUUUAUUCAAGUUAGAACAGGAGGAAUACAUCCAAGAUGGCAUUGACUGGGCAAAAAUUGAAUUUGAUGAUAACCAAGACUGCCUCAAUCUUUUUGAACAGAAACCACUGGGAUUACUAUCUCUGUUAGAUGAAGAGUCCACAUUCCCUAAUGGCACAGAUCUGACAUUUGCUAACAAGCUUAAGCAGCAUUUGAAUUCUAAUUCAUGUUUCAGAGGAGAGCGAGACAAGGCUUUUACUGCGUGUCACUAUGCUGGGGAGGUCACAUACGACACAACUGGAUUUCUAGAAAAAAACAGGGACCUAUUACACUUGGAUUCCAUUCAACUUCUAUCGUCAUGCAGGUGUGAUCUUCCUCAGAUAUUUGCAUCCUUUAUGCUCACUCAGUCUGAGAAGCCUGUUGUCGGUCCCUUACACAAAUCAGGUGGAGCUGAUUCCCAAAAGCUGAGUGUUGCGACAAAGUUCAAGGGUCAACUGUUCCAAUUGAUGCAAAGGUUGGAGAGCACCACCCCACAUUUUAUUCGCUGUAUUAAGCCCAAUAACCUCCAAUCUCCAGGAUUAUAUGAGCAAGAUCUUGUGCUACAGCAACUAAAAUGUUGUGGGGUACUAGAAGUGGUUCGAAUAUCAAGAUCAGGCUUCCCUACCAGGAUGUCUCACCAAAAGUUUGCCAAAAGAUAUGGUUUUCUCCUCCUUGAGGAUGUUGCAUCUCAGGAUCCACUUGGUGUUUCAGUCGCAAUUCUUCAUCAGUUUAAUAUUUCGCCUGAUAUGUAUCAAGUUGGUUACACAAAAUUAUUUUUCCGAACAGGCCAGAUUGGAGUGCUUGAAGAUACCAGAAAUCGUACCCUCAAUGGCAUUUUACGCGUCCAAAGUUGCUUCAGGGGUCACCAAGCUCGAUGUUACCUGAAGGAACUUCGCCGAGCAAUCAUUACUCUUCAGUCUUUUAUUAGGGGAAAGAAAAUCAGAGACGAAUAUGCAGCUUCAAUUCAGAGACAUCGAGCUGCUGUCCUUAUACAGAAGCGGAUGAAAGCGGCAUUUGUAAGAAGCAGAAUGAAGAACACUAAUGAAGCUGCAAUUGUUAUACAAUCAAUCAUUCGUGGCUGGUUAGUCAGAAGAUGCUCAGGGGAUUUAGGAUCAUUGAAAUCUGAAGGCGUGAAGACAAAUGAAUCGGAUGAGGUACUGGUCAAGUCUUCUUUCUUAGCUGAAUUACAGCGUCGGGUGCUCAGGGCAGAAGCUUCACUGAGAGAGAAAGAAGAGGAAAAUGACAUCCUCCACCAACGGCUCCAACAGUAUGAGAGCCGUUGGUCUGAGUAUGAGUUGAAGAUGAAGUCCAUGGAAGAAGUGUGGCAAAAGCAGAUGAGAUCCCUACAGUCCAGCCUCUCUAUAGCAAAGAAGAGCCUUGCGAUUGAUGAUUCAGAAAGGAACUCAGAUGCAUCCGUCAAUGCAAGUGAUGAAAGAGAUUGUGGCUGGGAUAUAGGAAAUAAUCAUGAAUGCCAAGAAAGCAAUGGAACAAGAUCAAUGAGCGCAGGCUUGAGUGUUAUAAGUCGAUUGGCUGAAGAAUUUGAGCAGAGGAGUCAAGUAUUUGGUGAUGAUGCCAAGUUCUUGGUGGAGGUAAAAUCUGGUCAAGUUGACGCAAGUUUGAACCCAGACCAGGAGCUCAGAAGGUUGAAGCAAAUGUUCGAAGCUUGGAAAAAGGAUUAUGGUGCAAGACUACGUGAAACUAAGGUCAUCUUACAUAAGCUUGGAACUGAGGAAGUUGCAGUUGACAAAGUGAAGAAGAAAUGGUGGGGAAGAAGGAACAGUACAAGGAUUAAUUGAUUCCCCCCCCCCAGGGGAGGACAAAGAUUCUCUCAUUUUUGCGUGGGAAAUAACAAUUUUGAGUCAAUGCCAACUGUUCAGUUGAUCUAAACAGGCCAAAUUAGCUGAAACUAUUUUAUUACUAUUGGAGGGAAGAAAAUUACAGUCUAAAUCAACUGAACAGUGAAAAUUUACUCAAAAUAAGGUUGUUCUUUUCCGACUGAGAUUGAGAGAUGUUUGUUUUUUUGUUUUUUUGUUUUCCCUCCUGGUGGGGGCCGGCCUCGGCGCAGGCACUAACCUGGGGCGUUGUCGGCAACUACGUGUAAAAUAGGAAAAGAAUACGAUAGAAAAGGUGAAUUAGUUUCUGUAAACGGGUUAGUUGUUGCUAGCCCUUUUUAUUUGAGAUUUUUUUCUUUUUUCGUUUGAUGAGAUCUGAGCAAGAGUUGCAGUAAAUUGAGUUGCAGCGUGUCACUUCAAUCCCUAGUAGUUUCAUGUGCCCAGUGUGAAAGUUGGUAUUUUCAUAGGGAAGGAUUAAAUUCACAAAUUAUUAAGGUGGCAUUCAAAUUUAUUACUCACAUAAUGCAAACCUUUGUUAUUGUUUUUAGGUUAAA